AUGGGAUUGUUUAGCCGAAAGAACAAGAGUUCCAAGAAGAACAACAACAAGAAAUCCAAGAAACACAUGUCAAGUGAUGACAGCGUUUCCUUGCUCCAUCAACCCGAUGAAACUCGACAGGAGGUUCCCAUGAACCCAGGACCUCCCAUUCGAACCUUUGAUACUUUGAAGCAACAAGUGACAGAAGAUAACUCCAUUCAAGAAAUCCACGCGAAUUAUUCCAAAGGGACUGUCCCACCCCCGGCUCGACAAGCUGCCUUUCACGGUCCACCACGCUUCGAUUGGAUGGAUAUUGAAUCCAAUGCUGCCAUUAAAAUUCAAUCGGUCCAACGCCGCAACAUGGUCAUGCAGGAAUUGGAAGACAAGGGCAUGUCCACGGCGGCCAUUCGCAAUCGCAAACGCCGCCGCAAGGCCGCCAAGGAAGCCCAUCCUUAUAUGGCAUCCCAAUCCCAAGAUACCCCCAGUAUUUUUGCUUGCUGUGCGGUGGGCUUGGCCUUUGGGGAUGCUACGGAAGAUGGAGAUGAUGCCUAUCGCUUGCUGGAAAAGAAAAAGUACGAAGAGCGACAAAAGCAACAAGCAGCUCACGAAGAAGCGCUCCGUCGACAAUAUAUGACCAAACAUGGUAUCAACCCAGGAAAGAUUGUGGAAGCACUGGAAGUUGUCGAUUAA